UAUAAUCCACACAUACAAGUCUGCUGUGAUGGAUGUAUCUCUGCGUGGAAGCCUUGGAUGGAUCAGUGCUGUGGAGAGACGCCGUACGGCUCGGGACAAUGUGGAGUUCUCUGUUGUAAUAACACCUUGUACGAGGACAGAGUCGAUGGACAGGAAUGUUCAGAGAUGGGUAUUCCUUACAACCCGGCCAAAGGGACUAUAUGUUGUUCUCAGUUUCACGGCAGCCCAGGACAACACUGCUGUGGGACAGAAAUUUACCGGCCUGAUGUUGAGAUUUGCUGCAAUGGACACAGACAUCCCAAAUCAGAAAACAUUCACUGCUGUGGGGUCAAAGCCUACAACAUUAAAGAUCCACAGAUGAAGUGCUGUGCAGGAACACUGUACACGCUGACAUCAUUACAUAAGCAUGGAGGGGACCUGCAGUGCUGCGGAUCCACUCUGCAAGAGCCACAGGACAUUUGCUGCUCAAGUGAGGAGGAAGAGGUGAUCUACUCUGCCAAGACAGGGUUUAGAUGCUGUGGUCACCUCUAUUACAACACCACCCUGUGGUCAUGCUGUGCUGGGAGGCUGAGAUCAAUCCAUGAACCAGGACAGGGUCAAAGAAAGAUGAUUAAUGAAUCCAGAGUCCUAUCUGUGAAUAACCUGAACAAAACAGAUCUUUGCCAAAAAAUGCACAUUGGGACUGUGGAAAGUGUGUCUCAGCAGAGCGUUGUGUUUGGGAAUGUGCUGACGGUUCAUGGUAUGGAGGCCGAAGCUCUGCCUUUUCCUUACGUCCUGGAAACAGAUGAUCGCUGCAGCUUCCCUAAACUGGUUCUUGGGAAGACCUACUUCUUUAACAAAGUUAAUGUUUUCACUGAUUUCAAUCAUGACUCUGUUCUUCAGUCACUCCAUUUCAUUAUUUCCAAAUGUUCACCUUAGGUCACCAUUGGCUGAUUUAUACAUGGGCAGUCCUGAUGAGUUACUCUAUUCUCUGACAAAGUACUAAUUUUGUAUUUUUAUUUUGUGCUUGCAAUAUUGGGUUUUUCACUCUCUUGAAUGUAUUACAUAUUACUGCAUUGUUAUACAUUGGUCUGUUAGCAAUAGUGAUGCUAUCCUAAAAAGACAUACCUAAUCUGUCCUUUGUUUUUUGUGUAUUAUUAGAGCCAUUAGUAAUGGUUGAUUCUCACAAUUAAAUCAAAAAACUCCUUAUGUACCGUCUGUAACCGUAAUGUCUUUACCUGAUUUAGAAACAGUAAUGCAUUACAGAAAAAUGCCAUUACAGAAUGCAUU